AGCUGGUGAUGCUAAGUGGUCGCGAGAUUUCUUGUCCAGUUUGUCGUGCGAAGUCUAGAAUUCCUCCAAAUGGCGCUGCAGGAUUUGCUACUAAUACUCUGUUAGUCAGGCUUAUAGACAACAUACCUGGAAGAAAAGAAAAGAAGGAACUAGAAAAGAGAUUGGUUCUCUGCAAAGAGGAGAUAGAGAGGAAAAAGAAGAUAUAUGUUCAGAUGGAGGCGAAGUGUAACAUGAUUGCGAGAAACAGAGAGCUUGCUGAGGGACUGAAGAAGGAAAUCUCUACGCAUGCUAACAAAUAUGUUGAGGCUAUCAAGAAAUACGAAGAAGAAUUAUGUAAGGAAGUAGAUGCCUUUUCAAAGCAGAACUGUGGCUUGUCAUCCCUUGAAAAACUGGAGAAAGAGAAAAUAAAAUUGGAAGGCGAUUUGAAUGAUGCUGCUACUGCUGUUGUUGCAGUGAACAGGGCUUUGAACAGUGAAAAUAGGAUAGAAGUCUUAGAAAAGAAAGAAGCCAUGACAUCGCAGCUGAAAGAGUACAUAAAUAUCCCCACACCAUCUGUUCUUGAAGAACUCGGAGAGGUUCAGAAAUUUGACAUGGAGUUCAGUAAUUGUCAAAUAAAUAUGGAAAAUGGACUAGGAAAAGUCUUUAAGAAGCAACUGUAUUCCAAAGAGGUGGAAACUGCAAGUGUACAGCAGAACUGCCAUACUUUGAAUUCCCAGAAGGAAAACGACGAAGCUACAGCUUACAUUCGUCACCUAAAGGCCAUGGGAUUGACCAAUAGCAACCUGUAUAAAGGGACAAUAACACAACAUAUAGCAUUGGAAUUUAAUCCUUUUGCAGUUGCCGUAUCACCUCAGAGUGGGGAUAUUGCACUGCUUUGUAGAGAAAGGAGAAAAGUCUAUCUUUUGACCACUGAAGGACAUCAUUAUAACACAGUUCACAUUAAGCAUGGAAAUCUAUGGGAUGUGGCAUUUUCCAUUGACAAUGACAUCAUUGUGGUGAAUCGUGCUAACAAUCGCUUGCUAUUUUACACUGAGAGAGGCCAGUUUGUUAACAGAGAAGUAGAAGUUCCAAGAACCUGCCUGAAGUUUACCCAUCUGUCUGUGGAUGAAAUGGGACGGUUGAUUGUGACCUCGGCUAAAGUGUCAGAUGAGGAUGAUGAUGAAGAUGUAGUUCAAUGUUUGAUUGUUUAUCAACCUGAUAGUGAUAUCUCAGAUAGAAUGUUUGGAAGAAAGCACCUCCAAAACCCAGUCUCUCGUGCCAUCUUUUUCAAAGGAAGAUAUUAUGUGGCUGACUGUUGUUCGGAUGAAAUAGUCCUCAAGGUCUUCACUGUGCAAGGGGAAUUUGUUUCAAAAAUCCCUAGCAUACCAACAGCUCUCCCCACUUCAGGCUUUUCUUUAUCCAGAGAUCCAUCGUCUGACAGAUUUAUCAUAUGUUGUUGGGACAACUCAAUGUCCAAGGAUUUUCUCAAAAUUGUAGACUGUUUUGCUACCAGAGGAAAGACUGACACCAAUAAGCUUUUUUGCCCUCAGGGUUUCCCAAAACAAGUUGCAGCACAGUCAGCAAGCGGCAGAGGCAAGUUCACAUAUUUGGUUGAAAUAUAUAAUAACAAGAAAUGUUGUAACAUUGUAAAGUAUCCUGUUUGAGGAUAUGUUUUGCGUAGUCUGUAUGCUCAAAAAUGAGGAUGUACACUCAAAAAUGAGGAAAAUUAUUUUUAAUUGGAGUAGAUGGAAGAGGGUAAUGGAGGAAGAUUAGACUGGUAGUGACCUAUGUCCCCUUGCUCCUGGCCUCCCCCAAUAAAUAAUUAGCUUCAGAUAAAAAUAAAUGUAAUGUUAUGAAACAAUACACCAUUUAUUACCUCAAUAUUUUUGUAAGAAAAAUAUCAAAAUUAUAUAUAGAUCUCAGUUUUUUAAAUAACAAGAUAGUUGAUAGGUAUAUAUUAUUGUGCUAUGUAUUGUAAUGGAAGUUUCAUCUUAGAGGCCAGCUGUCUUUAUUAAGAUUUUGUUGGGAGGUGGGAGAGCUAGUGCAAGAAGUUGGGUCAAUAAUUUUUAUGUAUGGAUUUUAGGGGGGAGCUGUGUAAAUUAUUGCAAUAUUAGAAAUGUGCUUCAAGAAAGGGGACCAAGAAAACUUAUUCCCAGUCCUCCACAACCCCUCCUCAGUUCCCACUUUGUUACUGUUGUAAUUAACUGUUUCAUGAGUUUGAUACUUGCAUUCUGAAUAUUAUGCAUAUUAUUAUUGAAGGYAAACAUUGAGUUAAUGAGUUCAAAAGGGAUUUCAUACAGAAGUAUUUAGUUAGGCUGUAUAGGAGUACUAUUAAUAGCCCACUUCUGAGAUAUGCUUCACUAAUUGUCACACACAAAGGCUUCAGUGUGUAUAAUGYUCAGUGAUUCUUGACAAGAAAAGAAUUAAUUUAAUUUAGCACUAWGCCUUGUACUGAAACCUUUCUGCAUGACAAGUGAAGCRUAUCACGGAAGUCAGGGCUAUUGCUCUGUAGAUGUAAAGUCGGAGAAAAACAUAUUUUGUCAUUUACAUUUAGUUCAGAAAACAAUUAAAUAAAC